AAUAUUUGAGUGCAAGUUACGACCGUCAUAAUUUGCACACAAACUUUGAUCAAAGAUAUUUCUUUUUUUUUUUCGUCUCGGUGUUAUUUAUUUUUUGCCACCCCCUUUGCUAACUUUGAUAUCCUUGGACAUAAAAAGAAUUCGAAAUAUGUAUCAGCCUAAUUAGAAAAUUUAAACUAGCACAAUUCAUCAAACCGUGAGCUGGAACAGAUAAAAUUAAAAUUCUCGCGACCAUUCACUCCAGCAUUACCACCUCCUCAUCAAAGCCAAGCUCUCCUAUACGAAAAGGUAAAUCGCUCGAAAACAUGCCUUCCACUCGCGCACACACAUAACAAAUUUCACAAGAUAUGGAGUCACAAGCAAGAAGGAGGCGGCAAAAAUUCGCUUCGGCUGAUAAAGCCGGUGUGUUUUUCGAAGAGGAACGCAUUGGUGCGAGUGUUUGCCAAGGCAAUGCAAAUCCAACUUCGCAUACAGAAAGUUGUUCAGUCACUUUUUUCCUGCUGCCCCAGUUGGGGUCACUCUUGUUGUUUACUGCGCAAAAUCGAAAAAUGGGUCUCGCUAGCACCGCCGGCUUGGCACAGGACCGCAGAGACAUGCCAGACAACACCAGCGUUCAUUCGGCCAGUAUCACCGAAGUACACGAGAUGCCGAUGGCCGUCAUCAAUCGUCCCAUACAACCGGUACUGGACGAAGCCAAGGUGCACUCGCUAAUGGACUCAAUUCGGGAUCCAAACCAGAUGGAUAGCGUGCCACCGAUCGAUGUCCUCUGGAUUGAGGGAAGCGAAGGUGGUAACUACUAUUACAGCUUCGGCGGUUGUCAUCGUUUCGAAGCGCACAAACGUCUUGGCAAACCGACCAUCACGGCCAAGCUGGUCCGAUCGUCACUAGCGGACUUGCAGCACUACCUGGGCGCCAGCUGUCCGAAGCAGCUGAAGUAGCCACGUCACUCAGUCAUUCAUUUAUAAGGAAUUCGUUAAACCACUUAAUCUUCUUACUAGGUUGUUAUAAUUUUACGAAAAAAACUAACUCAAAAUAUAUAUUUACAUCUCCUUCGUGCAACUGGCGGAUUAUUUUAUU